CAGUCCCCCCGCUCGUCCCGGCAGCCUCGCUCUCCGCACUCCCGCUCGCCCCGGCCGCCCCUCUCUCGCCGCGCACCUCCCCGUGCACCCCGACUCCGCUCCGGACCGGCCAUCGCGCGCGCCCAUCGGCUCAGGUGGAGGCAUGGAGGAGCCAGCCUGAGGGAAGAUGCCGUUUCCGUAGAAACUGCCGCGCGCAGCUCCUACCGGUGGUGAUGCUAGCCCCCACAGCCUCUCUCUUUCCUGGGCUAGAGUGCAGCGGAUGACUUAAAAAAAGAGGGCUUUCUCCCCCUCCCCUCUGUCUUUCCCUUUUUCUCCUGCUUUUUUUUAAGGAGAAUCAUCACCCUUUUUUUCUCUUUUGUGUGUGUGCAUAUAUAUUUUUGUAUACACAUACACGUCCUCCUGCAGUCCCAUUGUUUUCAGGAGGGGAUUUCUGACAGUACAUUUUGACUAUGGCACAUGCAGCCUCUCAGCUGAAGAAGAAAGCGGAUUUAGACCUCACUGCAGCGGAAGAUGAGAAAGAGAAGAAGAGGAAGACCAGGAAGAGGUCCCGGGAUCUGAAGAAAAAGUCUGACAGCAAUGCCAGUUACCUGAGGGCAGCCCGGGCCGGGAACUUGGAGAAGGCCCUCGACUACCUGAAGACAGGGGUCGACAUAAACAUCUGCAACCAGAAUGGGCUGAACGCUCUCCAUCUCGCCUCGAAAGAGGGCCACGUGGAGGUGGUCGCCGAGCUGAUAAAGCUGGGGGCCAACGUGGACGCGGCGACCAAGAAAGGAAACACCGCCCUGCAUAUAGCCUCCCUGGCGGGACAGACGGACGUGGUGAAGGAGCUGGUGACCAACGGAGCCAACGUGAACGCGCAGUCUCAGAAUGGCUUCACACCGCUGUACAUGGCCGCCCAGGAGAACCACCUGGAGGUGGUCCGAUUUCUCCUGGACAACGGCGCCAGCCAGAGUAUCGCCACCGAGGACGGCUUCACCCCCCUGGCAGUGGCUCUGCAGCAGGGGCACGACCAGGUGGUGUCCCUGCUUCUGGAGAAUGACACCAAGGGCAAGGUGCGCCUGCCCGCUCUCCACAUCGCCGCCCGCAAGGACGACACCAAGGCGGCCGCGCUGCUCCUGCAGAACGACCACAACGCAGACGUGGAGUCCAAGAUGAUGGUGAAUAGAACGACAGAGAGCGGCUUCACCCCGCUCCACAUCGCGGCUCACUACGGCAACAUCAACGUGGCCACGCUGCUGCUGAACCGAGGGGCGGCGGUGGACUUCAAGGCCCGGAAUGACAUCACGCCCUUGCACGUUGCCUCAAAAAGAGGAAACGGAAACAUGGUCAAACUGCUGCUGGAGCGGGGAGCCAAAAUCGAUGCCAAAACCAAGGACGGACUGACCCCUUUACACUGUGGUGCGAGGAGCGGUCACGAGCAAGUGGUGGAGAUGCUGCUCGACCGCGGAGCCCCGAUUCUGUCCAAAACGAAGAACGGGCUGUCCCCACUGCACAUGGCCACUCAGGGAGAUCACCUGAACUGCGUCCAGCUCCUGCUUCACCACGAGGUGCCUGUGGACGACGUCACCAACGACUACCUGACGGCGCUGCACGUCGCCGCCCACUGCGGCCACUACAAGGUGGCCAAGGUCAUCGUGGACAAGAAGGCCAACCCCAACGCCAAAGCACUGAAUGGAUUCACGCCGCUUCACAUUGCUUGCAAGAAGAACCGCAUCAGAGUGAUGGAGCUGCUGCUGAAGCAUGGAGCGUCGAUCCAGGCUGUGACCGAGUCGGGGCUGACGCCGAUUCACGUGGCCGCGUUUAUGGGACACGAAAACAUCGUGACUCAAUUGAUGAGCCACGGAGCUUCGCCAAACACAACCAACGUGAGGGGAGAGACGGCGCUCCACAUGGCGGCCAGGGCAGGGCAAGCUGAUGUGGUGAAGUACCUGGUGCAGAACGGGGCCAGGGUGGAGGCCAAGGCUAAGGACGACCAGACGCCGCUGCACAUCGCCAGCCGACUGGGCAAGCCGGACAUCGUCCAGCAGCUGCUGCAGCACGGGGCGUCGCCCGACGCCUCCACCACCUCGGGCUACACCGCGCUGCACCUGGCGGCCCGCGAGGGCCACGAGGACGUGGCGUCUGUGCUGCUGGACCACGGUGCCUCCCUCUCCGUCACCACCAAGAAAGGGUUCACUCCUUUACACGUGGCAGCAAAGUACGGGAAGAUUGAAGUGGCCAAUCUCCUGCUUCAGAAGAGCGCUCCCCCAGAUGCAGCUGGAAAGAGUGGACUAACUCCACUGCAUGUCGCUGCGCACUACGAUAACCAGAAAGUGGCACUUCUCCUGCUGGACCAGGGAGCCUCCCCCCACGCUGCUGCCAAGAACGGCUACACUCCCCUGCACAUCGCUGCCAAGAAGAACCAGAUGGACAUCGCCACCACCCUCCUGGAGUACGGCGCCGACACCAACGCCAUCACCAGGCAGGGCAUCAGCCCCGUGCACCUGGCCGCCCAGGAGGGCAACGUGGACAUGGUGUCUCUGCUCCUGGCUAGGAACGCUAACGUCAACCUGGGCAACAAGAGCGGCCUGACUCCCCUUCACUUAGCCGCUCAGGAGGACAAAGUGAACGUGGCGGAGGUUCUGGUCAACCAGGGGGCGACUGUUGACCCGGACACAAAGAUGGGAUACACUCCACUGCACGUGGCCAGUCACUAUGGAAACGUGAAGAUGGUGAACUUCCUUUUACAGAACCAGGCUAAAGUCAAUGCCAAAACGAAGAACGGGUACACCCCUCUCCACCAGGCGGCGCAGCAGGGCCACACCCACAUCAUUAACAUGCUGCUGCAGCACGGCGCCUCCCCUAAUGAGCUGACCGUGAAUGGAAACACAGCCCUGUCCAUUGCGAGGAGGCUGGGCUACAUCUCCGUCGUGGACACUCUGAAGGUGGUGACGGAAGAGACGCUGACCACCGUGACCGUGACAGAAAAACAUAAGAUGAAUGUUCCCGAAACCAUGAAUGAGGUCCUGGACAUGUCGGACGAUGAAGUUCAUAAAGCCUAUGUACCCGAAAUGCUCAAUGAAGACUAUAUUUCAGAUGUUGAAGAAGGUGAGGAUGCAAUGACCGGGGACACCGACAAAUACCUGGGGCCCCAGGACCUGAGGGAGUUGGGGGACGACUCCCUUCCUCAGGAGGGAUACAUGGGCUUCAGCCUUACCGCGCGAUCGGCAAGCCUCCGCUCCUUCAGUUCGGAUAGGUCCAACACGCUCAACCGAAGCUCCUUCACCCGGGACAGCAUGAUGAUCGAGGAGAUCCUCGCACCCAACAAGGAAACGCACCUGGCGGCGGCCAGAGAGUACGACACGGACUCUCUGAGGCGGUACAGCUGGGCUGCCGACACCCUCGACAACGUCAACCUGGUCUCCAGCCCCAUUCACUCCGGCUUUUCCUCACCACUUCCCCAGUAUGACUCCAGGUUCCUGGUCAGCUUCAUGGUCGACGCCCGCGGCGGCUCCAUGCGGGGCAGCCGCCACAACGGCAUGCGCAUCAUCAUCCCGCCGCGGAAGUGCACGGCCCCCACGCGCAUCACCUGCCGCCUGGUCAAGAGGCACAAGCUGGCCUGCCCCCCUCCCAUGGUGGAAGGAGAAGGCCUGGCCAGCCGAUUGGUGGAGGUCGGCCCGGCCGGCGCCCAUUUCCUCGGCCCCGUGAUAGUGGAGAUCCCCCAUUUUGGCUCAAUGAGGGGCAAGGAGAGGGAGCUGAUAAUUCUCAGGAGCGAGAACGGCGAGACGUGGAAGGAGCACCAGUAUGACUGCAAAACCGAAGACCUCAACGAGCUUCUCAACGGCAUGGAUGAAGAACUGGACAGCUCGGAUGAGCUUGAGAAGAAACGCAUCUGUCGGAUCAUCUCCAAGGACUUCCCACAGUACUUUGCAGUCGUUUCUCGAAUCAAGCAAGAGAGCAACCAGAUGGGCCCAGAGGGAGGGUUGCUCUCCAGUCUGACGGUCCCACUGGUCCAGGCCUCCUUCCCAGAAGGAGCAUUGACCAAGAAGAUUCGAGUAGGCCUACAGGCUCAGCCUGUUCCGGAUGAAAUAGUGAAGAAGAUUUUGGGGAACAGGGCCACAUUCAGCCCCAUAGUGACCGUGGAGCCCCGAAGGAGGAAGUUCCACAAACCCAUCACCAUGACAAUCCCCGUCCCUCCCCUGUCAGGGGAAGGGGUCACCAACGGCUACAAAGGGGACAGCACCCCCUGUCUGAGGCUCCUGUGCAGCAUUACAGGGGGCACUUCACCAGCACAAUGGGAGGACAUCACAGGCACCACUCCUCUCACCUUCGUCAAAGACUGUGUCUCCUUCACCACCAACGUGUCUGCUAGGUUUUGGCUUGCAGACUGCCACCAGAUCCCGGAAACUGUUCCUCUGGCCUCUCAGCUGUACAGGGAAUUGAUCUGUGUUCCAUACAUGGCCAAGUUUGUGGUGUUUGCCAAAAUGAAUGACCCGGUGGAGUCCCGCCUGCGAUGCUUCUGUAUGACUGACGAUAAAGUGGACAAGACCCUGGAGCAGCAGGAGAACUUUGAGGAGGUGGCCCGUAGCAAAGACAUUGAGGUUUUGGAGGGAAAGCCAAUCUGUGUGGAUUGCUACGGCAAUUUGGUUCCACUGACGAAGGCUGGGCAGCAGCUGGUUUUGAACUUUUACGCGUUCAAAGAAAACAGGCUUCCUUUCUGUGUGAAGGUCAGAGACAGUAGCCAAGAGCCUUGCGGGCGACUGUCAUUCCUUAAAGAGUCAAAACCUACUAAAGGUCUUCCACAGACUGCCAUCUGUAACCUGAACAUCACACUGCCAGCUCACAAAAAGGAUAUGGAUUCAGAUCCAGAUGAAGAGACUGAAAAACCAGAACGACGUCAUACCUUUGCAUCUCUAGCCUUACGUAAGCGCUACAGCUAUCUGACUGAGCCUGCUCUGAAAACAGUUGAACGAAGUACAACAAGAACACUGCCUGCUGGUUACAUUCACAAACCUGUCUUUUCAACAAGAUCUUACCAGGCAUGGUCGACUGCUCCUAUUACCGUCCCUGGCCAAGCAAAGUCUGGACUGGGUUCCAUCUCCAGCUCAUCGUCCAACACGCCAUCUGCUUCGCCACUAAAGUCAGUGUGGUCAAUAACCUCUACUUCUCCAAUCAAGUCCACCCUUGGAGCCUCACCUGCAUCUUCAGUCAAAUCAGUUAGCGACAUAGCUUCUCCCAUCCGGUCAUUCAGAAGUAUUUCGUCCCCAAUAAAGACUAUAACUCAACAAGGCCAAUAUCCCAUUCAAGUCUCUUCUUCUCUGCUGUCUUCACCGGGUAAAACUGGACCAGAUCCUGUGUCUGUGAAAGGACUGGCUGCAUCACUGUCCUCAAGAACUUCCAUCACCACCACUGGGUCUGUGCUGGAAAGGUCUUCAAUUACCAUGACCCCUCCUGCCUCUCCAAAGUCAACCAUAAACAUGUACACCUCCAGCUUGCCAUUCAAAUCUGUAAUGGCCCCUAUGGAAUCGUCACCCACAAAAUCCAUAUGUGGCCUGUCUUCAGUGAAAUCCACUGCAGAUGUUCCUAUGACAGCCAAGGGAAUAUUGGUUUCUUCCCUGUCUUCACCAGCAAAAUGUCAAGUAACUUCCAUGGAGACAGCUCUGCUAAAUGGAACUGCCUCACCAAUUAAAUAUGCCUCCUCUUCGUCCAGCUUUGGAGGCAGUUUACAAGAAAGGAUACAAGCAACUACCCAUGCAGCCACAACGAGUGUCAAUGCGGUUUUCGACGAAGCAGAAAAGUCCUUUAAUUCCUGUUCUGCUUCAGGCUACGGCACACUCAAGUCCAUGUCUUCCUCUGUGUCCUCAUCUUAUCAGUCCAUGAGAUCUCCCGCUGCAAGUUCCAUUUACAGCUCCAUGAGGUCUCCUGUUUCAUCCACCACCUCUGUGACAUCCAGUCCGAUAACCGUCCCUGUGUAUUCCCUUGUUAAUCUUUUGCCAGAGGCACAGGUAAAAAAACAAGCUGAUGUAACCUCUGCCACGAGACCAGCCUCCCCUCAGAGGACCACAGCACCCACAGAUGCCCGCACGCAGGCUGAUUCUUCCUUCUCCAGGACCAUGUCACCAGUCAAAACUUCUCUGUUCAUUUCCCCGGCAGCCCUUAAAACAACUGCCUCUUCCACAUUAUCGUCAAGCCAGGAGAUACUGAAGGACGUAGCAGAAAUGAAAGAGGACUUGAUACGGAUGACUGCUAUCCUGCAGACCGACACCAGUUCUGCAAGCAAAAGCUUCCAGACAGACCCUCCGAAAGAAUCUAAAAUUGAGGAUGAGGAGCCCUUCAGCAUAGUUGAAAAAGUGAAAGAAGAUCUUGUGAAAGUCAGUGAAAUCCUGACAAAGGAUGUUGUGACUGAUAGCAAAGCCUCUAUGAAAGACAAAACACCUGAGGAAGAUUGGGAGGAGUUCUCUAAAGAUGAGAUAGAGGAGGCCCAGCAAAGUGCCAGGAGAUUCUCCCCCAGUUAUGACACAGAAACCACCCCUGUCAGAACCCAGUCUGUAUCUGAGAAAGAUUUCAGUCUAGCUAAGGUGGCUGACUACUUAAGCAAUGAAUUUAGUGCAAACUCCUUGUCAAAAAUGCAAAGGUAUGAUGAGGUAAAAAGAGAUGGGGAGGAAAAGCAGAAACGCGUUCUCAAACCUGCCAUGGCAUUGCAAGAGCACAAGCUUAAAAUGCCGCCCUCCAGCAUGCGCUCCUCUUCCUCUGAGAAAGAGCUGUGCAAACUUGCUGAUUCUGUCUUUGGCACUGAUGCCAUAUUAGAGUCCCCCGAGGACUUUUCACAUGACCAGGACAAGAGUCCUCUCUCAGACAGUGGCUUUGAAACAAGAAGUGAAAAGACCCCUUCAGCCCCUCAGAGUGCAGAGAGCACCGGACCUAAACCCCUCUUCCAGGAUGUGCCCAUUCCCCCUGUUAUUACAGAAACACGCACAGAGGUUGUUCAUGUCAUUAGAAGCUAUGAGUCCCCUGAGGGGGUUCCAGAACCUGUAAUGGAAGAGGCAGCAGCAAUCACGGUACCUGCAUGUAUCGAACUUGAACCAAAAGCUGGAUCUAUCAAAGACAAAGUAAAGGCAUUUCAGAUGAAAGUAAAUACUGAAGAGGACUCUCUUGUUAGCAAAGCCAUGCGUCUCAAAGAGGAAACCCACAUUACCACCACCACUCGAAUGGUGUACCACAAGCCCACUACUAAGGAUGCUACAUCUGAGAGGAUUGAGGAAACAAUGUCAGUUCGAGACAUAAUGAAAGCCUUCCAGUCCGGUCGGGAUCCCUCCAAAGAACUGUCAGGCUUAUUUGAACACAAGGCCGGUGAGUCUCACAAAGGAAAUGAGAUAUCACCAAGGUUUCUUGACAAAGACAUUAAGGCAAAACCAAAAGUUGAGAGAAUAAUAGAGGUUCACAUUGAAAAAGGCAAUAAGACUGAUCCUACUGAGGUUUUCAUCCGAGAAACAAAAAAGCACCCCGAUAAAGAAAUAUAUUUCCACAAGGGGGAUCGAGCGAUAAAGGAACUACCAGACAAAUUCUACGGUGAUGACGAAGCACAACAGGAGGAGGAGGAGCUUACCGCUGAAGAAUCGCUUCCCUCUUACUUAGAGUCAUCCAGAGUGAAUACACCUGUCUCUCAGGAAGAGGACAGUCGGCCAAGUUCAGCGCAACUUAUCGCUGAUGACUCGUACAAAGCACUGAAGCUACUGAGUCAGCAUUCCAUUGAAUACCAUGACGAUGAGUUGUCAGAACUGAGAGGAGAGUCUUACAGAUUUGCAGAGAAAAUGCUUCUCUCUGAGAAAUUAGACAUUUCUCACUCUGACACGGAGGAAUCUGUGACUGAUCAACCUCACAUCCUGAGCUCAGAUAUGCAUAGUGCUGAUAGUCAUUAUGGUGAGAAAAUGUCCAGCGGGACCCAGAAGGAAUUUGUUAUGAAAUCAUCAAAGGAUGCAUCUGACAAAGCAGGUAAAUUUGCUCGCAAGGAUGAGCACAUUGACAAACUGACCGUGUUGCAUUAUACAACAGAACCCGGUAGCCCAAAACAUGCCGUAUGGAUGCGCUUUACUGAAGACAGACUUGACAGAAAUCGAGAAAAGCUCAUAUAUGAAGACAGGGUAGAUCGAACAGUGAAGGAGGCUGAGGAAAAGCUGAGUGAGGUCUCUCAGUUUUUUCGUGACAAAACUGAGAAACUAAAUGAUGAGCUUCAGUCACCUGAGAAAAAGCCACAAAAGAGAGAACCCAGAGAAACACGUUCUGGACCAAGUUCUACCUGUGGUAGUCCAGAGAAAACACAACACAAGAAUGGUGCAAGUGGCGAGGAAUGGGGUAAGGGCAGACUAAAAGAGCCAUCUGUAGGGAAAUUGUUUGGCAGCUCCAGUGAAAGGAAAUGUGCUAGCUUGCCCAACAGUCCUGAAAAACGCAUCGGUUCCCGCUUUAAUGAUGAUAAAACAAAACAAGGAGACAUUGCAGCACAGAAAAAGGCCAGUGAAACCUCACAAACUGUUCAGCUGAAGUCAUCCAACGUAAGCUCUGUAAGGCUUAAAUUUGAGUCAGAAGCUCAAAAGCAGGACAAGGGUCCACAGUGGGGACCCACAAAACCCCCUGUGAAAAAACUCCAGGAAAGUAAGCUUCCUGUGUAUCAACUUUUUGCUGGAGCAAAGACUCCCAAAUCAGCCGAUAACACAGAUGAAGCAGGGGGUCCAAAGAAAGUUCCAGAUAGUGACAAAGUCAAAGCAUCUCCCCCACAAAGCCCUGAGAUCAUUAAGUCACGGGUGCCUGUCAUUGCUCCAAAACAAUUGGGUGACAAAAUAUCAAAUAAAGGCUUAACAGAAGCCACAGCUCCCAAACGCUCACAGGCUGAGAAUGGCAGGGAACUGGAUGCUGACAAAGAAAAAAAAAUCUACAAGACGUGGGAGAGUCAUGGAAAUGGAAGCAAUAAAGCGCAAAAGGAAAAAUUAAGCCAUACCCUUGUUCCUGGCACCAUAAAAGAGGACAGUGGUUGUGAUAUGCAAAAUAUCAUCUCUGACCAAGAAACAAAACAAUUUUUAAAAAACGGAUCACCUGUGAAGGAGGCUACACCAAUUCCCAUUACAAAAAAAAACACCUACACUGAAAUUUUGACACGUAACGAUGCAGAAUUUGGUGACGCGCAAAGUAAGAUGCAAAAAAAAAAGUCAGAAUCCCAAAUUCCUGUCUGGAUGCCAGGCAGUCUGACAGACAGUGAUCAGGCCAAGAAAGCAAAACCAGACACUUUAAUUAAACCUUCUGAAAGAAGUGUGUCACAUAUACCCACCUUAGCUAAAAACAAAUCCCAAGGCAGCUCAGAAACAAGCACAUCUAGGGAUGAGUCUUUAGAGUCUAGCUCAAUAAAAGACUCUAAUGAUAUCAGUGAUCCCAGCCCAAUAGAGUAUAUUGAGAAAGAGGCUCCAAUUGUCACUCCAGAAAGUUUCAAAGGUAUUAAAACUUUACCUGUUUACGUCAGUAUUCAUGUAGGCAAGCAGGGUGAGAAAGAAACUCAGCAGGGGACUUACAAAAAGAUUGUCAGUCAGGAAAGCCGUACUGAAAAUCGGGGAGCAUUUUACACGGUUAAACAAAAACAACCUACAUCCCCACAAGGUAGCCCUGAAGAUGACACGCUAGAGCAGGUAUCUUUUAUUGACAGCUCUGGUAAAAGUCCUCUGACCCCUGAGACUCCUAGUUCUGAGGAAGUGAGUUAUGACCUCACUUCCAGGACCCCUGAUUCAUUCAUUGGCUUUUUGCCAAGCAAACCUAGCCCAAUCCCAGAGGUUUCUGAGGAAUCCGAGGGAGAGGAGCAUUGCAAAGCUUUCCCCUUCAAAGAAUCUCCAUCGGAAAAGCCAACAACUUCCAUGGCAGAGUCCACAACGGAAAACCAGGAGGCAGAAAGUCGAACAAAGGAUAAAAGAAUUGCUUACAUUGAGUUUCCCCCACCCCCUCCUCUGGACUCAGAACAAUCAGAUCCUGAAAAAAAGGGUUCCUGUCCUUCCUCAGAGGCUGAGACAGAAAUGAUGGAGGUCAACCUCCAAGAGGAGCAUGACAAACACCUUCUUGCUGAACCCAUCAUCAGAAUACAGCCCCCAUCUCCUGUGCCCCCUGGGGCUGAAGACAGUGACUCCACAGAAGAGGAAUCUGUUUUUCAACCCAUUCCUUGUAAGAAGUACACCUUUAAAAUUGCUGAGGAAGAAGAGGAAAAGGCUUCUAAAGCCAAAAAGCAGGAAAAUAAUGGAGACCAUCGGGAAUCUAGCCCCAAUGGUGAUGGAAAAGUCGAUGAUUAUGACUUUGAGCAAAAUGGGAAUGAUCAGUCAAUAACGGACUGCUCAAUUGCAACAACUGCAGAGUUUUCACAUGACACAGAUGCUACAGAAAUCGAUUCUCUUGAUGGAUAUGACCUUCAAGAUGAGGACGAUGGCUUAAGUGAGCAGGACCCAAAACCACUAAGUUUCUCCUGUGAUAACAGAAAGGAUAUGUGGGCCACGGAAAGUAUUUUAAAGCCGUGUGAUCGCUCAUUUAGCCAGACCAAGCUUGAGGUCAUACAAGAAGAGGAGAGGGUAGUGCCAGAAGAAGGGAGGAAAGCAAAAGCAAAAAGUGACUCAUUUGACAGAAACGUAACAGAUGAAAAUAAUGGAGUCUGCACCACUGAUGGAAGACAGCCUGGGAGAGAAGGACUAUCGGAUACUUACUUUAGUUACAAAUUAGACGAUCAGUUCAGUAGCCCUUUUAAAACUGUUGCAACUAAAGGUUUGGACUUUGACCCUUGGUCCAGCAAAGGAGGAGAUGAUGAAGUCUUUGAUUCUAGGAUAAAAGACGAGGACCCCAGACCCUUUGGAUUAGCAGUAGACGACAGGUCACAAGAAACUACACCAGACACUACCCCUGCCAGAACCCCAACUGAUGAAAGCACGCCAACUAGCGAGCCUAAUCCUUUCCCUUUUCAUGAAGGGAAGAUGUUUGAGAUGACUCGCAGUGGUGCGAUUGACAUGAGCAAGCGGGAUUUUGUUGAAGAAAGACUUCAGUUUUUUCAGAUUGGUGAGCAUACCUCAGAAGGGAAGUCAGGGGACAAAGGGGAAGGGGUCAAAAAGCAAGACGUAAUUAUCUCACAAGCUCAGACAGUGGAGAAAGCAGUAGGGAGCCCCCUACUUACACUAGAGGCCCCCUCAGAUGUUCCAACAUCCAUGUGCGCCGCUCUGAUGCAGAUUAGCAGCGACUGCAGAGACGUGUCACCUGAUGACAACAUUGAGGAGACAUCUGCAUGUACAAUGAUAGCCUCUAAAACUGAUCCCAAAUUACGUAUCCCCAUUAAAAUGGGAAUCACAGCCUCCAUUACUGUAAAAAAAGAUGCUGACUCCAUGGAAUCGACAGAUUCUAAAACUGAUACACCAGACAGUCAAACUCCAGGCCACACAUUACCAGAAGCACAGGCACAAAGUAAGCCUUCCAGAAUCACAGGUUGCCUAAAGCCAUCUGAGGGAAGGGGCUCCAUGACAGAGAACUGCAAUAACAACAAUAACCUUGAAUCCUCUAACAUCCACGCAAACUACAUUCAGUGUGGCAGUGUAGUGUUUAAUUUGCAGUCAUCAUCACAGCCCACACUUCAGCAAGUCAGAAGGGUAGAUGCUUCAUCCUCUAGGGACUCAGAGAAAGUGCUGGAGAGCAGCGUGACGUGUGACAAAAUAAAGACAGAUGGAACCAGGAAAACAAAUGCAAGGCAGCCGAAGUCGAGGCUGCCAAUUAAAGCGCGGGCACCUGCACCGCGUUUACAGGCUACCACAACAGGAAAGGAGAAGCCCAAGCCUAGAGUUAAACCAGAGUCCAAAAAAAGAGUAGACAACUCUGCAAGCAUGGGACCUAAAUCUAGAAUUCCAGUUAAAGAAGUGAAGAGGGGUAAGGUCACACCUCCAGUGCCAGUGCAGGGUAAACCCCAGUCGGGGAAGACAGAGCCUAAAAGGACAAGACAGGUGCCAUCCAGAUUGCCAGUGAAAGACAGGUCAAGGACGAGCUCAGAGAGAAGUUCAGCUGUUAAGAGGGGCAAGGAGAGGGCAAGUGAGGUUCGCAGGCACUCCAGUGAGUGCUUAAAAGGUGUUAGUGGCGAGAUGCUAAAACCUGUGGGUCGACUCUCUGAUGAAGAGAAAAAGAAACGGUCAGAAUUGUCAGACGAUGAAGACAGCACAUCGAGGAACGCCUCACUGUCAGAACCAUCCUCUCAACCAUCCAUUACGUCGCGAUCUGCUAGAGUUAUGAAAACUGAGGCAGCGCCCGUAAGAAAAAAGGUUGAACAGGCUGGCAGUGAGAGAAGGAGGAGUAGGCGGACGGUUGGGAAUGAAGGCAGUCAGGUUUCGGGGCCCCGCGUGGCUCCCAUCGGGGAGAUCAAGCCUAGCCCACAGAGUCCCUGUGAGAGAACUGACCUGCGAAUGGCAAUCGUAGCAGAUCAUCUGGGCCUGAGCUGGACUGAGCUGGCCAGGGAAAUGGAUUUCUCUGUCGAUGAAAUAAAUCACAUUCGAGUGGAGAACCCUAACUCAUUGACAGCUCAGAGUUUCAUGCUAUUAAAGAAAUGGGUUAGCAGAGAUGGUAAAAACGCCACAACGGAUGCCUUAACCGCAGUGCUGACAAAGAUCAAUCGGAUGGAUAUUGUGACAUUGCUGGAAGGGCCAAUAUUUGACUAUGGUAACAUUUCAGGCACAAGAUGUUUUGCAGAUGAUAACGCUGUUUUCCGGGAUCAGGCUGAUGGUUUCGACAACAUCGAGCUGGAACUGAAGUCUCCCUCUGAGUUGAGCUAUGAGCCCCCCACCCCACUUCGGAAAGAUGAUUACUUUAGCGAGGGGUAUAGCCUAGACUCUCCCAGUAGGAGCCCCUGUAGACCCAGCGAUCUGUCCUUGUCCCAGCCGCCUUACGGCCCUGCCGCCGGAGCGGAGCCGCCCACGGUCGUGUGCGAGGACACCUCUCUGGACUGGCGGAGAGAUAGAGACGGAGAGGAGGAAGAGUCGGGCUCCGCGGAGCGGCGCGACGGAGCGAACGCCGCACAAGCGCAAGCCACGCCCGCGCAGCCGUGCCAGGCGGAAGAGCGGGGGCCAACGGGGGACGCCCGUCCGGGGGCCCCUGGCCCCGCCCCGCGGGCCGGCAUCUUUGCCGUUAGGGAGGGCAGCGAGUCUGGUUCUGACGAGGAAGAGGAGGAAAUGACGCGCGAGAGGCUGCAGUCCCUUUUGGAAGACGUUAAGCUGGAGGAAGGCUCAGAGGGGGAGGAGAUGACUGAGGAGAGGGUGCAGGCUAUUCUCUGUCAAGUAGAGCAGGCAGAAAAAGACAUGUCUUCGAUUCCAGGUUGGCGCAGCGAGACCUCGAGCGUUAACGUGGAGCCGCCGACCCCGGGUCGCAGUCUGAGCUCCGACCUGCUCGAUCGGCAGGAAAACAGCUCGGAGAAUGCCGAUGACUCCAAUACCUCAGCGUCCAAAGGACAAGCAGGAAAUGCGAAGCAAAACGGCGAGCAUGUGCAAGCCGGGUCACUUCCUGCUGGGCAGGAUUCGGCCAGCGAGGCCCAGAAGAUGCCGAAAGAGACGCUGCGCGUUGAGGGGUCCCAGGACGAUGUCCCGGGUGACAGCGGGGCAGGACCAAGCAGUAGGGAUGGCAGUCCUGCAUCUGAGCACAAAAUCCAGGAGGGUAGAGAUAAUGAGUCCAGCUCGGACGAGGAACGGACCAUUACCACCAGGGUUAUCCGACGCCGGUUGAUUCUUAAGGGAGAGCAGGCCAAAAACAUUCCUGGGGAAUCAGUCACCGAGGAGCAGUUCACGGACGAGGACGGUAACAUCAUCACCAGAAAAGUCAUCAGGAAGGUCAUCCGCCGCGUGGUUACCGCGGAUGACAGAGCCCGGGAGAGGGGGACAAAAGAAGGGGACUCCAAAAAAACGCAUAUGUUUGAGGAGGAGGAGGACCGCUCCGAGGGCUUAGGAAGCCCGGGGGCGAAAGCAGAGCACGGGGAAGGCGGCAAGACGAAAAAGACGGAAGGGAGGGAGAAAAAGGUUCAGUCAUAAUGGUCGCUCUGCUCUAACUGGUUUUGGAAAUGUUUUAUUAUAAUUUUCCUGCGGGGAGACUACUGGAAACCCGAAUGCAGGAUAUCAAUCGGCCAAAAGAACGUGUGUCUGCAGCUUCCACAUUAUCGCAUGGUUUUCAGCGAAGAGGACAUUUCUCUCCCUCCUUCUUUUUUUUUGAUUUAGCAUGAGCAUGAAAACUCACUUUUCUGUCAAUGAUCUGGGGCUUCAUAGUCAAUGACACAUUUGUGCCACGGUGUCAUGGAAACCUACGACACGGUGUUCGGCUUCGGACAAGCCGGCAGAACGCCGAAGACAGCCGCGACGUCAGCAGCGCCUGAGCAAACAUUUCUGUGACCAAAGAUGGCACAUAAACAAAUUGGAUCGGUGAAACCAGAGGAAUACACUUUUGAAUCACCUUCUACACUCGCCUUAUAUUUUCUUGGACCCAUAAUGUUGGGGUGUAAAAUGCUGUUUCGCUUCUUUUUAACAAAAUUAUUGGUGAUCUUGCUGUAUAUAAAUUCCACUGUAUAAAUUCUAAAAGUAGCUCUCGGAUUGUGGAGGCACUGGCUGAAAAGGACUGUAGAGGCUUGUCGGAACAAAAUGCCAAGAUUUUGUUCCCUGUUUAUCGGAAAGGUUUGGGUGUGACUUCACGUUCUUGUACAAUUACUUGCAGGUAUAAUGUUUGUAAAUGGAAAAACAGAGCUAGCUUGAUUUUAACAGAGGACAUUUCUUGAAAACCUACUGCGAUUCUCUGUGAUUCUCAAAAUGGGAAUAUCUGUAGUUCUGUGAAAAUAAUUCCUCAGAGUACUAAUAUUUUGAUGCAUGUGAUUCACCUUAUUUUAAUUACAAUUUUUCUAAGUUUGCAAACACUGUAUUAAGAAUAACAUGAAAGAAAAAUCUUUUAUCUGUGUACACACAUUACCCUAACAUUUGUCACUAUUGCUGGUUUUCUAAAGACAAUAUCUUUAAAACAUUCACCAUGCAUAAGGGGAUAUUUCUUUUUAAUGCUUCUUGAAGGUUUACUGCUUGCUGAUAAAGGAUGGCCUCUGCAGACAUGGGCUUGAACACUUGGAGAGAAAUCAGAAUGUACCCUGUAGACUGGCACGCUGUAAAAUUAUAACUGUAUCAUGUGUAUUGGCUAUAAGAUGUAGAAGUCUUUACGUAAGCCGGUCGUUUGUAAUCAUUCUAGCAGUGUAUUAAUAGGAUUUAAGGCUGCUGUGGUUAAAAAGGGCAUUUUUAUUUGGGUUUUGGUGAAAUAUUUCCUUCCAUUGAAUCUCUUCAUAUGAAAACACCUAAAGCAUUCAUGGAUAGUAGAUCAAAUAACAUGUAUGAAAAACCAACAAACACUGGAUGAUCUAGUUGAUUAUUUAAGCAUAAAUAAAUUGUGUUUAAACUCUGA